AUGGCCGGUCUCAUCGCCAUCAGCAUCGGUCUAGGCGCCGAAAAACUCGGCCGCACAAUCUCCGAGAAAAGACUCGAACGAAAAGAGAAGAAAGCCAUUGCUCAACACGAAGCAAUAUAUGGCACUUCGUCAUCUGCACCCCCGCCGCCAAUGACUACUAGGCAGCAGCAGGAGCAGAUGCAGAAGAAGCGUGCGGAUGCGCAGAGAGCACUGGAUGAGGCCCGUCAUGGACAGCAGUCUGAACCACAGCACCAUCAUAGGAGGAGGAGUUCAAGUGAGGACGAAGCGCCGCCGCCGAGUUAUAGUGAGGCGAUGCGGCAGGGUGCUGCGAGAAGUUGA